UCUUGCGGUUUGACCUAUCGGGGAGCAGGCGGGAGGCUGUCAUUGUUGGGCUGUCGGUGGGUGCUCGGUGGAAAUCAGAAACGAUGCUUCAGCUCUCGCCUCUCUGUCAAUCUCCCUCUCAGGGUGAGAGUAACGGGUUUGGAAGGAGCCAGCCCCACACGGGAGCAGCAGUUAGAGUGCAAGGAACGGGAGGACACACCAGCUGAUUGGCUGAAUCCGACACAGUCUUGCCAAGUGUGUUGUUCAUGUCAGUAAACAAGAGAGAGAGAGAGAGAGAAGCUGCUGUAUCUAUCAGCUGUGCAAUCCCGUCUGCUACUUCACCAGGCUGUUUAUGCUGCCAUUGUUCGAUUAAUUUAAAUACCUGGGGAACAACACCCACUCUGCCUGUCCUCUCUGUGCCUCUCCUGCUGCUCCCACUGAAAUCCUGAAAACUCAGGCCAUCAAAGGCACCUGGAAAUGGGCAGGCAGGAGUAGAAUGGAAGAGGAAAUGCUGAAACACUAAUGGGACAAGGAAAAGUAUCAAAAAACACAAGGAGAAGACUAAGAAGUGAUAAAAAGAGCCCUGUCAUGACAAUGGCAUUGCUGGCGGUGAGUGGACCCAGCACUGACUCGUGGCUGCUGUUGAGGUGGCGGCAAGUUUGGAUUCCCCGUGGCGUCUGCGUCCUGUGUAGAUUGAUGGGGUUGGCAGUGGAGUCACGAUUGGGCCCAGUACGUGACCAGGCGGCAUUGGCAGUGGCUGCAUUGACGUGUUGGGCCCGAAACAGACUCAUGGCGAUGGUGGAGUCACGUUUGGGCCAGUCCAGUAUCUGGCGAGAUCCAUCAAAGACUCACCAUGGCGAGGGCAUCGGUGGAGGUGAGAUGGUGCUGAAGGAUGGGCGACUUUCAAUCCAACAGCAGCGGCACAAUGAAGGGGACUUGUACCUGACCACCACGCCCGUGGCCCAUGGAGGAGCACGUAACAACAAGAACUGCAAAGUGAACACUUUCUUUAUGCUUUUACUUUUUUGCCUUUAUAUUCUAUGUUUUGGUUUAUUUAUCUGUGAUUUAAGAUGGCGCCAGAGAGUGGAACUUGCAAACCAAUUCAGAGCCAGUGAACUCAUUUUGAACUGUAGUUCCGCCUACAAUGUCGGAAAUGUACCAGCCAACUUGCACAAAGAUAUCUGUUGGCCAAGGCACAACAGCACAAUGCUCACCAAGGCACUGGGCGAAUUGGCUAACAAAGUCUAA